UCCCUGGGAUUUGCAAGUGGUAUGAGUCACAAUAACCAUUUAAAAGGCUUUCUCAUUAACCAGAACUUCCAUCUCCACAUGCUUAAACUAGGCCACUGCAAUUCACUGCAGCGUUAAGUCUGUGAAAUGCAUGUCAUGCUGCUCUCCUGCUGUGUUCUGGUCUUGCUUGUGCCCGGUCCAGGUUUUACGGCACCCACAUUUACACCGAAGGAAGAAAGCACUCCUACACCAGAACCACAGGUUGACUUGAAGCUGGCCACAGAUUAUCUCCAGCAAUAUUACCACCUGCAAAAUGAUCCUCUGGGGCGCAUGAAACGAAGCGGCCCCUCUUUUACCUCCAAGGUGAAAGACAUGCAGAUUUUCUUUGGGCUGAAUGUGACGGGAAGGCUGGACUCGGAUACCCUGGAGGUGAUGAGGAGUCCUCGAUGUGGUGUUCCAGACGUGGAGGAGUAUAGCAACACCCGGGGGACGCGCUGGAAUAAGAAUGUCAUCACCUACAGCAUUGGCAGGUACACCAGAGAUUUGCCUCGCAGCACUGUGGACUCUUUGAUUGAGUCAGCUUUCAGCGUCUGGGCCAGAGCCAGCAGUCUGACGUUUGUCAGGUCAAAUGCUCGCAGUGCUGACAUCAUGGUGGAGUUUGCGAGCUAUGCGCACGGUGACUUGUUUCCAUUUGACGGGCCUGGAAGGACACUGGCUCAUGCUUUCGGUCCGGGGUCAGGGAUCGGAGGGGACACGCACUUUGAUGAUGCUGAGCGCUGGACAGCAGGAGAAACAGGUUUUAAUCUGUUUGUAGUGGCAGCUCAUGAGUUUGGUCAUGCUUUGGGCCUGAAGCAUUCCAGAAACCGAGAGUCACUGAUGUAUCCAAACUACAAACCCUUCCGCUCAGCAAACCUGUUAUCCAGUGAAGAUGUAGCCAAGAUCAAAGCACUUUACAGUCCUGUCAGAGGUCAUCUAAACAAUAUUCUGACAAACUUUCAACGUAACAACUGGUUGUCUAGUGCACUAUUCCCUCGACUCAUGCAGGACAAAUGUGCAGCAGACCUGACCUUUGAUGCAGUUUCCAUCCUCGGGGAUUCCACCUUCUUCUUUAGAGAAAGGUAUCUCUGGAUUAAGCAUAAUCAGCAGGAUGACAUCAAGGAAGGUCCCAUCUCAAACUUUAUGCCCAAGAUUGAAACCAGCAUUGAUGCUGCCUUCUGGGUACCUCGCAGAUCCACUGCUUACCUUAUUCAUGACUCCAUGUUCUGGACAGUGAAAGGCUCUCUUGUGAAGGGAAAGCCCAGAGCACUAAGUCACUUUGGGUUUCCAGUCUGGGUUCAGGAUGUAGAUGCAGCAGUGCACAUCGCCACAACAGGACGCACUCUCUUCUUUAUGCAUGAUAUUUACUGGAGUUACAACGAAAACCGAAAGGUUAUGGAUUUUGGUUACCCAAGGUACAUCAGCGAGGGCUUUCCUGGACUCAACAGCACAAUAAAUGCAGCUCUUCAUAAAGAUGGCUUCAUCUACUUCUUUGUGGGACCACAAGUCUACAAAUACGACUACAUGCAGAAACUUGUUGUAGGAGUUGAGAAAGCAAAUUCCUGGCUUGGUUGUUGAAAUACUGUUUGAAAUCCAUGCAACAAUGAUAUUACCUGAAUAUCUUGAUUAAAUUAAAGAGGGCAAAUGGAAACACAUUGUACUGUACUUCUCAGUUUUUAGCGGAGUUCUAUUUAGCAAUAG